UUAAAGGUUUAAAACACCACCGACAGAGGCCAGCUGUUGCCUAAAGUGAGGGGGUAGGGUGCCCUUGGCGUCUUCUUCUUACCGCGUAAACCAACGGAAAAUUACCUGUUUUGCCCCCGCCAUUUUCAUUCAUUCAUGAUCACGAUGAAAUGAAAUAAACCCAGAUUGAGAUUUCUUCUUCUUCUUCUCUGUUGCAGUGCUCUAAUGGGUUCUCUCUCUCCAUCCUCUGAUCUCUCCCUUUCAUUGUCGCAAUUGUCCGAACAAUCCGCAUCCCUAAAUGAAAAUCUGAGCCCUAUCGACGAAUCCACACUCCUCGAUCUCUUCAAAUCCCAACAAAAUCACCUCAACUUCUUCUUCCACAAUCUCGACCUCUCCCAGACCCUCAACUUCACCCUCACCCUCCUCAAUUCCACCGGCACCAUCUUCUUCUCCGGCGUCGGCAAGUCCGGCUUCGUCGCCCGCAAGAUCUCCCAGACCUUCGUCUCCCUCGGCAUCCGCUCCGCCUUCCUCUCCCCUCUCGAUGCCCUCCAUGGGGAUAUCGGCAUUUUGAAUUCCGGCGACGUUCUUGUACUCCUCAGCAAGUCCGGCAACACCGAGGAACUCCUCCGCCUCGUUCCCUGCGCUAGGGCUAAGGGUGCCUAUCUUAUCUCUGUCACCUCCGUCGUGGGCAAUGUGCUUGCUGGGGUUUGCGAUAUGAAUGUCGAUUUGCCUCUCGAGCGCGAAUUGUGCCCCUUUGAUCUGGCGCCGGUGACCUCCACUGCCAUCCAGAUGGUUUUUGGGGAUACUGUGGCCAUUGCGCUGAUGGGCGCGCGGAAUUUGACCAAAGAGGAAUACGCCACCAAUCAUCCCGCCGGGAGGAUCGGCAAAAGUCUCAUUUUCAAGGUAAAAGAUGUGAUGAAGAAGCCGAAUGAGCUUCCUGUCUGCAAAGAAGGAGAUCUAAUAAUGGAUCAAUUGAUGGAGCUUACGAGCAAGGGAUGCGGAUGCCUACUCGUCAUAGAUGAGGAAUAUCACCUGAUUGGGACAUUUACUGACGGUGAUCUGAGGCGCACACUUAAAGCUAGUGGUGAAGGCAUUUUCAAGCUCACUGUGGGCGAAAUGUGCAACAGGAAGCCGAGAAUAAUUGAUCCCGAGGCUAUGGCGGUUGAUGCAAUGAAAAAGAUGGAAGCACCCCCAUCUCCUGUGCAAUUUCUGCCUGUUAUCAAUCAGCAAAAUCUCUUGAUCGGCAUUGUCACAUUACAUGGCCUAGUUUCUGCAGGACUGUGAUUGGCAUAUGGCACAUUUCUUUAUCUGCAAUAGAGGUUUCUAUUCUUGUUCAAUUCUUUGUAUUAUUAUAGAACAGCGAUAACGCCACCCCGGUUAAAGUGUACCGCCCCGGUUAAAGUGUAGUGAUUACAGGGAAGUGUAAGAAAAAUUUGAUAUCUAGAGGAUAAAUCAUUUUAUAUUCUUA